AACUCAACUUAGUACAAGCUCACAUGUGGCUUAGCAGGUUGCGCAGAAGUGUUGCUGUACUGUACCGUGUUAUCACGUUCCCUUAUUUUAUAUUUUCGCGGUAAUUUUUAAAUACAUUUUCUCGUCUGCUCUAUAAUUAUGGCUAUAUGUAUUGUGGAAUGGUGUGUGUAAGUGAGCCGGUAGAUUAGUAAUUUAUUAUUUGUAAACGGUUUAUCGGUUGGUUUUAAAUUAUCGAUUAUGAAUGGAUUUUUCGGUGUCACUGAUAAUGAUUCGAGUGCUAGUUGUAUUGUGCUGUUUUGGAGUGGACUUUUUGGCCAAUGCCGAAAAUCUAGAAGGCGAAGUCGCCGGUUAUUGCGUAGAACAAUGUCCUUUACAGAAUCGAACAGAGUCCAACAAUUUUAGUAACUUGGGAUGUCAACAUAAUUGUAGUAUAAAACAGUGUACUGAAGGCUGUAGAUUAUGGAAGAAAGCUUUAUCGUCAUCUUGCAGCCGAGUGUGCAAUGCAAGUGAAGACCAGAGUCCGCCAUCAGGACCAAAGUUAUUUUGCACAAUGGGUUGUAACAAUGCCAUAGCUUGGUACUUUAACCAGUUAAGGAUAAAAUUAGGGAAGCCUCCCGCGCCCACCCUUGUAGCUGGUUCUUUAACUCCUACUUCGUUAAAAUUAGAAUGGAAUUUUCCUGAAGCAAAAGAAUUGGGAUUGACGUAUCUUGUUCAGUGGCGAUACGAGGAACUGGCUGGUAACUGGGAAUACUACGGAAAUCAGUCAUGGGGUCCUUACAAUACCAUUACUGUCGAAAAGUUGCAACCAUAUACAAAAUACAGGUUUCGAGUUGCUCUCCUAUUAUCGCAGCAGCAGAAGCCCAUUGUUUCGGAACAAAGUGUAGUUAUCAGCACGUUAUCAGCAGGAGUACCAACAUCAGCCCCUGUCAUUGUACGCGCGGUAACAGUCGAUUGUACGCGCAUCAGCGUGAGCUGGGAACCCGGUCCCUUUCCUAACGGCCCUAUCCUUUCCUAUGUGCUUCGUAUUACUGAAAACGCCCCACAAGGAUACUCGGCACUUGAGGACAUUCCUAUAGAAAGAGGAACUUCAGUUAUUUUUGGUGGAUUAAAACCUAAUACCAGCUACACUAUUUCGAUGGGUAUGAGGAAUGGAGUAGGUUCUGGACCUAUGGUACAAACCACCGUAUCAACUUCUCCUAGACCCAAAAUUGAGCGUAGUCAAAAACCGAUUUUAAUUUUAACUGCCAAUCAUACCGUUGUUCAGAGGGGCGUCAACAUACUAGACGAAACAAAAGUACUGUACAGUACUAAUUAUAAUAAAAUUAUCAGAGGUACUGCCAUUCACAUUAGCAAACAGGUCCUUUUCAUCUCUGUUUCUUCAAGAUCGUCGGAAAGCAUUCUUCGUAUGAACUUAUCAGAGAAUAAAAAUAAAAACGUUACUGUAGUCUUAUCCAGUACAGAAACACAUAACACUGACUUUAGGCCUCGUGAUCUUUCUGUCGACUGGUUAAACAAUCAACUUUACAUUCUUGGUGAAACUUCUGGUCCCAAAAAGACUUGGCAGGUCACAAGAUGCGACUUGGAUGGAAAAGGAAUUCAAGUUGCUGUCGCUGGACUUCAAGAGAAACCCCACCAUAUGGAAGUUGACCCGUGCAACGGAUUUCUGUUUUGGGUUACUUACAAUGGUCUUUACCGAUUAGAUUUAGCCGAUAUUAGCAAUGGCCUAAAACACGAACAUCAACCUUUAAAAAUUCUCUCCAUUCUCGAUUUAGGAGCAUUUACUAUAGAUUGUAUAAAUUAUCGUUUGCUCGUGGCUAGUCAGCGGGAUAAUACUGUAAUGUCAGUGUCUUUAAACGGAAAAGAAAUCGAAAAGAUGAGCAAGAACAUAAUCAAAGCAAAAAUGCAAAAGGUGCUAUCCAUUGCAACAGUAAACCAACUUUUCUACUGGACCAACGGCGAUGAGCUUUUUUAUGAAGCAUAUCAAAACGCCACUGAUACUCACUACCAUAAUAAUUUACCAGAUCCGUUAGAUAGAAAAUAUCACAAUAUUAUUAUUAGUCAUCCUGAUUCUCAACCAAUUCCAAGUCCUGUUAAUCCCCCAACCGCUUUGCAAGCCAUUUUUGGAAACGAUUUGGCCAAAACCACGUGGCAAGCUCCCCAUUUACUUGGUUUUCAAGGCAAAGGAGCAUGGCAAAACUGGACCUACGCAAUAUCAGUGAUUGAUACCAACACCAGUCAAUUUUUUAAUUACACAAAUAUUAGUACCACUUCUUUCGUUAUACGGGAUCUUAAACCUGAUACAGAAUACGUAAUAAAUGCUGUAGCAUAUACGGAAGGUGGAAUAGGUCAAUGGUCCAAGGAAUUUCGAGGAAGAACUCUUAAGCUUUCUAGAAGUAAAAAAUAUCCUACUAUAUUUUGGUCGGCAUCGGAAGGCGUGUUUAUCUCUGACACAACUGGUGGAAAUGUGGAAAAACUCAUUCCACAAUCAUAUUUCAAAAAUAAUCAAUUUACUGAUAUCAAAUGGUACAAUGACCAAAUCUAUAUGGUGACCAAUACAUCAAGAAUAUUUUCAUAUAAUUUAACAAGUCGUACUGGUGAAUUUCUAACUAAUAUUGAAUCAGUGAGUAGUGUCGCAAUUGAUUGGAUUGGUAAGAAAUUGUACUGGUCCAAUCCUAAACAACAAGUCAUAAUACGAGGGAACCUAAAUGGCUUUCACCAAGAACCAUUGCCAAUUUUGAAACCGGUAAAGGAAUUAUCAAUCGAUCCAGUGAGAGCAUAUUUGUACUGGUCUACGGGUUACGAAGUUGAAUGUGCCCAUCUAAAUGGAGCUGACCGCAUUACAUAUUAUUCAACAAAAUCUUUUACAAUACAAGUAAUGGGUUUAACACUGGACUUUGAUCAUAAUUCAAUUUUUUGGAUUGUGCGUGGUUCAAACGGAUCCCAACUUUAUCAAGCUCCGUUAGCUGGUAUUGAUACAUUAAAAAAUACUCCUCCUAAAAUUUUUAAUUUAACAGACCCGUAUAUGCAAGGACCCCUUUGUUACUUCAACAAUAGAUUGUUGUGGUUACAAAAUGACAAAAAUGCUAUUAUUAGUAAUUUAACUGGUAACAAUAUGGCAAGACUUGGAGGCAAGAGUUUGUACGGGCUUACUACGUUUACAGUCAUGGAUUCCGAUCUACUUCAGUGGCCUAAUAUUUCACUAGAAACCCUCAACGUUUUACCAGAACAAGUUAUUCAAAGCUCAAUUCAGGUACGUGGAAUGUGGGAUUCGUUUUAUAUAGAAUGGAAACCAGUAGAUAAUGUAAACUAUGGCACUGUGUUUUAUGAAAUUCGAGUGGACGUUAUCCAAGGAAAUUUUCACGAUAACACCGAUGGAUCUGAAGUUCAAGUUGUAACAAAAACGCCUUCAAUUAAGUAUUGGAAAAAGGUUGCCCCAUUUACAAAAUUAAUGAUUAAUUUGAGAGCUUAUACAUACUGGGGUAUUUCACCAAUCACCAUUACUGAAAUAUAUUCUCCUUCAUCUACACCCUCGUCUCCAACUGAUCUCAGAGUAUAUAUUACUCAUGAGUAUCCCCACUUUGAAUACAAAGACGUCAGAGCAACAUUCAGAUGGAAUCCCCCCCUUUAUUCAAAUGGCAUUAUCAAAGGGUAUAAAAUCAAAUGUUGGUACAACAGCAAUGGUUCUGACAUAAUUGUAAUUAACAACAGUACUGCUGAUGCGAAUCAAAAAGAAUAUUACUUAGAAAACCUUUUGAAGAGUCAGAAAUAUUUCUUCCAGGUUCAAGCAUUUACAGAAGUAGGAGAUGGAGAGAUAUCUCCAACCAUUUCAGUAAAUACUAGUGACGAAUAUCCUGUACCAAAACUCCUAGUCGCUUCAGAAGAUUCGAUUUUUAUUCAAGAUAUCGAUAAUAACCAAAACUAUUCGAUUUUACAUGGAAUUAGUACUCCAGUGGAAAUGGCAUUUCUUAUUAAAGAAAAGAAACUGUUUUGGAUAAACAAAAUGCAGGAACUAUUUAUGUACAACAUGGAAAAUCAUAAGAAAUCAAAGUUAGUAGAUUUGAAUAACUCUUGUUUAAGUUUAACAGUCGAUUGGAUGGAACGAAGUCUAUAUUAUCUCGAAACAAAUAGCAUAACUGAAUCCACAAUAUACAAACUAAAUCUUAAUCACAUCGAUAAAGGACUUUCUAAAAUUGAAACGAUCUUAACAACAUCAUCGGUCAUUUCAAAAAUCGAAAUAUCUCCAUUUACAAGAAAACUCUACUGGGUGGAAGAAAACUACUUUGGUGAGAAUCAUAUAAUGCAAAGUGAAUUAAACGGCUCUGAUAUCCGUCCUUUCUUCGUACAACGAUCUCACAAUAAAAGAUCGUUGGAAAGCGAAGAAGAGGAAUCCUGUAACUGUCCAGUAUACCCAAAUGUAGAAAAGACCUUCACCGUUGAUCAUUCCGACUCCAAAACAAAACCGGCAAUAAUCUUCAUCGACAGUGAUACCCACGCCAUAACCUCAUCCGAUAAAGACGGUUGCCACUGUGAAAUUUUAGCAAACCAUCAGGUUGUUGGAGACAGUUUUCCAUUACAAAAGCUUAAAUCAGACUUUAGUAAUUUGUAUUGGACGAAUAAAACACAAGGUCACCUUUAUUCUUUAAGAAAGAAAGAACUGAACGUUACCAAAGGUCAAGAGAUAUCUGAUGCCCACGACAUGCAAAUAUAUGGAUCCCACAUGCAACCAUAUCCUGAAGGAAAAUGUUUAGUUCCUGAAUACAAAAAAGAUACAACCAUAUCCCUUGUGCAUGCGACGUCUCACAGUCUUACACUCGCUAUGCCCGAGGUCACUUUAAACAAAGAUUGCGAAAAUGUAUCUCAAGCUACUGUAGAAUAUACCAUUCAUUACAAACAGUACCAUGAGAACGAUCUAAACGAAUGUUUCGGCGACUGUUCAGAAAUAAAAACAUUAGAAAAGGUAUUAACCAUUGAUGGACUCAAACCAUUUAGUAAGUACAGUUUUUGGGUAAGUGUCAAGAAUUAUUUUAUGGAAUUAAUGAAGACUGAAUCCCAGAACAGACAUUCAAUCAUAAUACAAACCUCUGCAGGUGCUCCCUCGAAACCCCGAAACGUAUCGGCGACUGUAUUAAAUCCAAAUAUGGCAGAAAUCGUCUGGGCUCCACCGGAAAAAUUGAACGGAGAAUUUGUUUCAUACGAAAUACAUUGGCAAACAGAAAGCACGCACGGAAUAAGACAAAAAGGAGAACAAGAAGUAAAAAACCUCCAAAAACAUGUUGCAAAUGAUACAUUAUUCACAUCAACUCUUAGUAAAUUAGCACCAAACGAAACUUAUUCAAUAUGGAUUAGGGCUAAGAGCCAGACAAACGAAUCAUUCAACGACAGUGACAGUAUAAUUGUUAAAACUUUCCCCGAACCUUCGGAAAUAAGUUUGCUCAAUGCAACAGCUACUACUUUGCAAAUAAUUUGGAAACCUUACACUUAUGCAGAAAAAGUUGAUAUACAGUAUUCGCUACUUGCAUCCAAUGUUUGGAAAGAUAUUUCUGAGGAUAGGGUUGAAUACGAUGGAAAUGAUACUAUAAUUAUAGUGGACGAUUUAAAACCCAAAACGCAGUACAAGUUCAGAAUGAAAUUGCUGUAUCCUUUAUAUUCAGAACCACAUUAUUGGCCACAUGAUGUGCGAUUUAUAUUUGAAACGCUGGGAGACAGACCUUCUCCACCCGGAAGGCCCUAUUUACAAUUAAAAAGUGGAAAGUUUAUUGUAAUGUGGGAGAGUCCGAAAGAUAAUGGUGCAGUAAUAGAACUUUAUAAAUUGGAAGUGAUGGAACUUUUAUACUAUAACGAACGCAGGAAAAGAAGUACCGAUUAUGACAAUAAAGCUGCUAUAGAAGAAUUCAACUACACCUGGACAGAAAUUUACAAUGGAACUGAACCAGCCUGGGAAAUAGCAGGCCUUAAAGAAAAAAAUCACAAAUAUGUAUUUCGAGCGUCCGCUCUAAAUAUGUAUGGUUGGAGUGCGCCAAGUAAUGAAAGUGAUAUGUACGACCCUGUUGAAUUCGCUAAAUUGAACAAGCAAGACCCGAUGACGUUAAUAAUAAUUGCAAUAACUGUUCCUUUGGCGUUUUGCAUUGUUUCCAUCAUAUGUUUCGUUUGUUUGAUAUUUUCAGGCAAGCUGCAGUGUGCGAAAGAUAAGAAAUCUAAGCAGCAACUCAUCCUUUCACCAAGACCAGAUGUGGAACUUGCUACCCUUCGAGAACUGCCACGACGAGGAAUCCACAGUACCAAUAUCCUAUAUGUACCGAAUCAGCCUCUUCUGGAGGAUGCAACAAUGUUACCCCAUAUAAGAAGAGAUUGCAUCACACUGACAAAAUUUUUGGGAAGUGGUGCAUUUGGAGAAGUAUUCGAAGGAAAAGCACGCGGUAUUUUGGCAAAUGGUGCUGAAGUAAAAGUAGCCGUGAAGGCAUUAAGGAAAGGAGCCUCGGAUUCAGAAAAGUGCGAAUUCCUUCAGGAAGCACAAUUGAUGAGUCAUUUUAAACAUGAACAUAUUCUUCAGCUUCUGGGUGUUUGUUUGGAUAAUGAUCCUCAAUUUAUUAUAAUGGAGCUAAUGGAGGGUGGAGAUUUGUUAACUUAUUUAAGGUCAUCGAGAAAUCCAUCAUUAAACACAUCAAGCCUUUCAUUGCUUGACUUGCUGAAAAUGUGUGUAGACGUUGCGAAAGGAUGUAAAUAUCUCGAAGAGAUGCAUUUUGUACAUAGAGAUUUGGCUUGUAGAAACUGUCUAGUUUCGUCAACUAACCGAGAGACCCGAAUUGUAAAGAUAGGAGACUUUGGACUAGCAAGAGAUAUUUACAAAAAUGACUACUAUCGAAAAGAAGGUGAAGGUCUUUUGCCAGUAAGAUGGAUGGCACCUGAAUCUCUAGUCGAUGGAGUAUUUACUAGUCUCUCAGAUGCGUGGGCUUUUGGAGUUCUUCUAUGGGAAAUAAUGACCUUAGGACAACAACCAUAUCCAGCUCGCAAUAAUUUAGAAGUUCUUCAUUACGUUAAAACUGGAGGUCGAUUAGGAAAACCACAACAUUGUCCAGAGACUCUGUACGAUCUAAUGCUAAAAUGUUGGUUAUAUGAACCAGAAAGAAGACCGAGUUUUAAGAAUUGCCUUUAUGUCCUCGAAGACUUGCAUACGCAAAAGAAAAAUGAUCCUGUUACUGGUGCUCACGAAGGACAGUACAUCAGCACGGUAGAAGAGAUGCCUUAUGGAGUAUCUAAUCAAGCAUAUUUUCAAGACGAAAUCAUUAAUUCAGAAUCUUCUUGGAAAAGCGAUGGUAGUGGUGGGGAUAUAAACAAAGAAAGGACACCUUUCCUGCAAAACCUGAAUGGUAAUUUACCUUCUGAGGGAGCACAGGAUAAUAUUCCUAAAUAUCUCGAGCUGAUUUAUGAUAGUGAUAGUCAAGUAGAAGACGCUAGAAGUAACAUAAUGGAGGAUCGCUAUUUGGAUAAAGACGGUUAUGAGAUUCCAAGGACUGAUAAUCCUAAAGAAGGAACUGUAUCCGUUACGAAUAAAAAUGUAAACAAAAUAAAUAAUGAAAACCAAAUGCUAUAAAGCUAAUUGAUCAUCAUUUUUUAAACAAACGGUGAAAAAAUAUAAAUUACUUUUACACCGAAAAUGUACAAAAAGGGAAAUCGCAACCAUGAAUAGAGAAAUGUACCUGAAUUAAAUAUUAAGGAAAGUAUAUCCUAAGUAAUGUAAAUAAAUAAAAUUUUGCUAAUCAUCCUCAUGUAUUUGAAAAGCUAGGUAUUUUAUUUCACAUGUAUAUAUAUUAUAAGCAGAGUUUUUUAGUGGUUUCUUUUACUAUAUCAAAUAAAUUACCUAGUUGAAACUAUAUUUGACUGCCAAGUGUACAUAAAGUUCCUUGCUUAAGUUUUCGUUUUCUCUUAUAAAACGGGUCCCACAUGUAAAAUUGCAAUGUAAUGAGCAUACAACAUAUUCUACCUUUAAUUAAAAUACCUAUACAUUAUACAUGACGUUUAUCAAACAUGUUGUAAUACAACUUUCUGUAGACAAAUGAUAUUUUUUCCUGUAUAUAUUAUUAUAUAUGUAUUUACUUAAUUUAUUGUGACGCAUUAUACUAGAAAAUAACUCAAGAAUAACCAUUACGGUUUACCUGUUCCAUAUGGAGUUGCUUCUUUUUUUAUUUUUAAGAACAUAUUUUUAUUUUAAGUUACUAUUAAUGACACAAAAAGACUCGUAGUAUUAAUAAACUGUCGAUAUAUGUAAAUACAAAGCUAUAAAUCAGAUGUAUGUAAACGGAAUCGUUCAA